CCUUCUCUUUUAUAACACUUGAUAUUGAAAUAAACAUCCAGGUGACAAUACCCGGAGGCAAUAAAUAUCGACAUCGCAAUACUGGUCACCUGUUACCAAUACCAUAUAGCUGUUGUCUCCCCUGAUAUCGAUUUUCUGCAAUAUCGGUCAUGAGGUCAAAUCUUCCUCAUGCAUAUUUCAUUGUAUGUUGAUUUUAUACGAGAUAUACAAUGUAAAACGUAUAUUAGACGUACAUUUCUAGUUUACAACGCUGAAAGUGUACAUAGGCUUUUUAUCAUAAGGUGUCCUGAACAUGGGGAAAAAAUCAAAGGAACUGAACAGGGCGCAUACGUUAAAUCAAAACGAGUAAAUAAUGGGAAACCUGAAGUGGCUGUGCUUGAUCAUUUUUCAUUCAGUAGCAGGAACACCACCACAAGAAUGUCCAUGCAAGCUUCACGAUAAGGAACUUACGGCCGACUGUUCGGCAUUGGGGCUCACAAGCAUUUCAGAAAUUUUGAGUUGUGUGCCAAAAUAUAUUAGAACACUUAUCUUGAGCUAUAACAAAAUAAGUUCUAUUCCUCCGGAAAUACUUACACCCUGGGAAGGUCUACGGGAGUUAAAUUUGGAUCAUAACACUAUUGAGCAUUUACAAAAUGAUUCCUUCGGUGGUUUGUCAAAGCUGGAAUAUUUGUCUUUAAGUUAUAACUUACUCAGACACAAGGAUUCUUUCGCAGACGAUGUGUUUGAACCGCUUCGUAAUCUCCGGCGUCUGUAUCUGCAAGGCAACUGUAAUGUUCAUACGUCUGUCUGUCUGUACCCGGACAAAGCUCUCUCGGCUGCUACCACUCUGGAAUACCUUAGCAUAGAUGGUAUACCCAAUCAUGAGUUUGGUAAAGGGUUUUCAAAGCUAAACAAUCUGAAUUCAUUAUAUUUAAGUGACGAUAAUGGUUACUGUCAUAUACCAGUUCUCACAGAAAAUACAUUUGAUGUAUUCAAACACACGCCUAUUUCAAAUUUACAACUUGCGUCAUGUGAAAUAACAAAGCUAGCGCCUAACACCUUUCGUUCUUUGCACAACCUAACGUCCUUGAUAAUUACGAGAAACAAGAAGCUCUGCGCUGACAGUAUUGAAAAUGCAACUGUUGGAUUAAAUGAAACAAACAUUCAAACUAUAAGAUUCAAUUAUUGGUGUACACCCCCACCGUUCUAUCCAAUACUAGCAGAAGACAAUUUCAAAGGUCUUACAAACACAUCACUCAGAAUUCUGGAUUUAGGAUGGAAUAAUAUUAUUUACGUCGAUCCUAGUGUUGUUGAAAACCUUCCAACGUCACUAGAAUAUUUAUCAUUGAAGGAAAAUGAUAUCGGGAACGCUGAAUUUCUCCUGAAAUUAUCAAGAUUUGAUAACUUGAACACGUUUGACGGAAGUUUUCAAAAUCAUUUUCAAGCAGAAAUAAAAACAGUAGAAAGGGCUAGAAGAGAAACAGCUGUCGGUGGAUUGUACCGAAACAUCAUAAAAUUACAGUCGACAAUAAAAGCACCGCACAAAAACUACACAGAUGAUGACAAUCGCAUACAGUUACCAAGAAACCUUCAAACGUUAUACAUGAAUAAUAUACAUCUGGGAUAUCCUGUCCCUUUAGUGAUAUUUGCAUCGAAUAAAUUAAGGUAUCUCAAUGCUUCUAGUUGCAUGUUAUGGGCAUUUUUCGGGCCUUGGUAUGGCCUUAAAGAUCUUCAAGUUUUGGACAUCUCGAACAAUAAAUUUAGUUUUUUCCAUCAGAAGUCUCUAAUUGACAUGGGGAAUCUUACAUCCCUAUUUCUUCAACACACUGAGAUUGGUAAAUCCCUUUACCGAGAUAUCAAUGGUGUUACAUUUUCGAGCUUGAGAAAACUAAGAGUGUUAGAUCUCAGUAAUAGCAUCAUUAAAGAUUUACCAUACAAUAUAUUUAAAAAUCAGAUUAAUUUAAGAUAUCUUUCGUUAAGGGAUAAUUCACUUAAGAAUGUUAGCUUCAUGUUAAAGUCGAUGACUAAGCUACGCCACCUGGAUUUGUCUGAUAACGAAAUAGGGUUCGUUUCUGAACAGAACAUGGCUUUCCUAGACCGAAUUGCAACUAAUCGGAAGAUAGACUUUGAUUUAUCUGGGAAUAAUCUUAAUUGUAAAUGCAACAAUCAAGUCUUUGUUCACUGGCUGGUGACAACUAAGGUUAACAUUAUUCAUAAAGACAAACUUUAUUGUUUAUACAUAAACGAGACUUUAGUUAGUUUAUCGAGACUUGAAUUUAUACGAGAGCAACUAAAAUAUGAAUGUACGUCAUGGAUUGUAAUGACGUCAUGUGUGAUAGGAUGUAUAGGCUUCUUGUUAGUGCUCUCUCUCGUGGCAUUGCUUUACUAUAAACGGUGGCAACUGCGUUACCUUUGGUACAUAGGCAGGGUAAAAAUCGACCCCUACCAUCAUCCUCACGAUCAACAACAUAUACUUCUAAAAAUAGACGCUUACAUUUCUUAUGAGCAGCACUACGACUUCACAGAUGACGUCUCUCUGCAUCAAGUGAUAACCGAUAAAUUAUACCCAUUUUUUGAAGAAAGGGGAUAUACUUUAAAUAUACGCGAGGAGUUUGACGGUAAUGAGAAGUUAUAUCAUGUCAUCCCACAAGCUGUAAGAAAGAGCCGCAAAGUUAUUGUAUUUCUAACACCCUCGUAUUGCGAAGAUUACUGGAAUACAUUUGAAUUUAACAUAGCUGCAUAUGAGGGUAUUUACACGAAGCGAAAUGUUAUAAUACCAGUUUUGCUUGGUGACGUAUCUGAGAAACAUUUGAUGCCAGAGAUACGUUCUUUCAUACGCUCAAAAAUCAAAUCAAACGAGGUGCUCCGCUUUCCUUCGUCUGAAAAUGAUAUCGCUGCAUUUAAUGAACAGCUAGAAAAUAUGAUAAGACAAAUGAUGGAAAACCUGAAGUGGCUGUGCUUGAUCAUUUUUCAUUCAGUAGCAGGAACUACACCACAAGAAUGUUCAUGCAAACUUCAUGAAAAGGAACUUAUUGCUGAUUGUUCGGCAUUAGGACUCGCAAGCAUUUCAGAAAUUUUGAGUUGUAUGCCGAAACAUAUUAGGAAACUUAUCUUGAGCUAUAACAAAAUAAGUUCUAUUCCUCCGGAAAUACUCACACAUUUGGAAGGUCUACGGAUGUUAAAUUUGGAUCAUAACACUAUUGAGCAUUUACAAAAUGAUUCCUUCGGUGGUUUGUCAAAGCUGGAAUAUUUGUCGUUAAGUUAUAACUUACUCAAACACAAUGAUUCUUACGCAGACGAUGUGUUUAAACCGCUUCGUAAUCUCCGGCGUCUGUAUCUGCAAGGCAACUGUGAUGUUCAUACGUCUGUCUGUCUGUACCCGGACAAAGCUCUCUCGGCUGCUACGACACUGGAAUACCUAAGCAUAGAUGGUAUACCAAAUCAAGAGUUUGGUGCAGGGUUUGCAAAGCUGAAAAAUCUUAAUUCAUUAUAUUUAAGUGGUGAUAAUGGUUACUGUCAUAUACCAGUUCUCACAGAAAAUACAUUUAAUUCUUUUAGACACACGCCUAUUUCAAAUUUACAACUUGAGUCAUGUGAAAUAACAAAGCUAGCGCCUAACACCUUUCGUUCUUUGCACAACCUAACGUCUUUGAUUAUUACGGGAAACAAAAAGCUCUGCGUUGACAGUCUGGAGAAUGCAACUGUUGGAUUAAAUGAAACAAACAUUCAAACUAUAAGAUUCAAUAAAUGGUGUAGGCGCCCCCCAUUCUUUACGAUUCUUGCAGAAAACAAUUUCAAAGGUCUUACAAACACCUCACUCAGAGUUCUGGAUUUAGGGUGGAAUUAUAUUUAUUAUAUCGAUCCUAGCGCAAUUGAAAACCUUCCAAAGUCACUAGAAUAUUUCUCAUUGAAGGAAAAUAGUAUCGGGAACGCUGAGUUUCUCAAAAAAAUAUCACGAUUUGAUAAUUUGAACACUCUUGACGUAAGUUUUCAAAGUCAUUUUCAAGCGGCAAUGAAAACCAAUAAAAGGGCUAGGAGAGAAACAGGGGUCAGUGGAUUGUACCGAAAUAUCAUUGAAUUGCAGUCGACAAUAAAAGCACCAAACAAAAACUACACAGGUGGUGACAACCGCCUGCAGUUACCAAGAAACCUUCAAACGUUAUACAUGAAUAAUAUACAUCUGGGAUAUCCCGUCCCUUCAGCGACAUUUGCACCAAAUAAAUUAAGGUAUCUCAAUGGCUCUAAUUGCAUGUUAUGGGCAUUUUUGGGGCCUUCGUAUGGUCUUACAGAUCUUCAAGUUUUGGACAUCUCGCACAAUAAAUUUAGUUUUUUCCAUCCGAAGUCUCUAAUUGACUUGGGGAAUCUUACAUCCCUUUUUCUUCAACACACUGAGAUUGGUAAAUCUCUUUACCGAGAUAUCAAUGGUGUUACAUUUUCGAGCUUGAGAAAACUAAGAGUGUUAGAUCUCAGAAGUAGCAUCAUUAAAGAUUUACCAUACAAUAUAUUUAAAAAUCAGAUUAACUUAAGAUAUCUUUCGUUAGGGGAUAAUUCACUUAAGAAUGUUAGCUUCAUGUUAAAGUCAAUGACUAAACUACGCCACCUAGAUUUGUCAGAUAAUGAUAUAGGGUUCAUUUCUGAACAGAACAUGGCUUUUCUAGACCAAAUGGCAACCAAUCGAAAGAUAGACCUGUAUUUAUCUGGAAAUAAUCUUAAUUGUAUGUGCAGAAAUCAAGUUUUCGUCACCUGGCUUGCGACAACUAAGGUUAACAUUAUUCAAAAAGACAAACUCCAUUGUCUCUACAUAAACAUGACUUUAGUUAGUUUAACGGAACUUGAAUUUAUACGAGAGCAACUAAAGUAUGAAUGUACGUCUUGGAUUGUGAUGACGUCAUGUGUGAUAGGAUUCAUAUGCUUGUUGCUGGUGCUAUCUCUUGUGGCAUUAAUCUACUAUAGACGAUGGCAACUCCGUUACCUUUGGUAUAUUGGCAGGGUAAAGAUCGAUCCGUACCACCAUCCGCAAGAUCAAGAACAAGUACUUCUUAAAAUUGACGCUUACAUUUCUUAUGAACAGCACUAUGACUUAACAGAUGACGUCUCUCUGCAUCAAGUGAUAACCGAAAAAUUAUACCCAUUUUUUGAUGAAAGGGGAUAUACUUUAAAUAUACGCGAGGAGUUUGACGGUACCGAGAAGUUAUAUCAUGUCAUUCCACAGGCUGUAAGAAAGAGCCGCAAAGUUAUUGUAUUUCUAACACCCUCGUAUUGCGAAGAUUACUGGAAUACAUUUGAAUUUAACAUAGCUGCAUAUGAGGGUAUUUACACGAAGCGAAAUGUUAUAAUACCAGUUUUGCUUGGUGACGUAUCUGAGAAACAUUUGACGCCAGAGAUACGUUCUUUCAUACGCUCAAAAAUCAAAUCAAACGAGGUGCUCCGCUUUCCUUCGUCUGAAAAUGAUAUCGCUGCAUUUAAUGAACAGGUAGAAAAUGUGAUAAGAAAUAGAUGAUAAGUGUAAAUAAAAUGAAUGAUAGAUAAGUUUCCGAAAAUGACGGCGCCGACGAGUCAUGAAGUUUAUGAAAAUGGACGAACUCUCUGAUGUAGAAGGGAUAUAUCAAUUAAAUCUAGUUCUAUAUAUCCAUUUUAUUAACAAAAUUGCAAAUCAACUGUGAGCGUAAGAAAGAUUUUCAGUCAUAAAUAAUUAUUAAAACUUGACUAGCCUGUUAUUUCAAAAAUAGUGUUAUCUUAUUGUGAAAAAUGAUAAAAUUUGGGCAGUUCGGACCAGUUUUGACGUAGCCCAAGUGAAUUGUUCUGCAUUGUGUAUAAUCGAUUUGGAGUGCUUAAACAUUACAAUAUGGUUCUGCCAUUAUUAUUAUUAUUUCUGUUUAAAUAUGUCUUUUAUGCAAAGAGAUGAAGGAAAUAUGGAAGCAAAUGAAUAACGUUAAGAAGAAGACUGACCUAAGCGAGUGACCUAAACAAGUAGUUUUUAUACAGCGAAGAGGUUGCACGCCUCGCGGAGUGAUGUAGGAGUGAAAUCUAAAGAAGACUGAAAACCAUGGUUAUUUUUUAUAUAUUCAAUAACCCUCCCUGUAAAGAAAAAAAAAACGAAAAAAAUACUUUCCAGAACAAUAAUGGACAAUGUUUUACUGCAAGCGCUUACGUCAUGUAACGAAUGUAAAAUGACUUGUAAAACCUUGUUGCCGAGAAAUUACGGGGGAUAAGGGGGGUCGAAGGAAACAUUAAAGUACAAAUGCUCAAAAGGGCUGUGCAAAUAAAUGUUAUUAUGUGCAUUUUUCAGUAUUUAUAUCAUUGCCUACUGAAAGCCUGUCUUAAUUUUGAGACAUUAUAUGGUUUUUCAGACGGUUCCGUCACAACUUCUGAUAUAUAAGGUGUUAACAAUGUUUAGAAUUCUAUGUUAUUCUUGAUUAUUUCCAGAAUCUUCUAUUUAUCCUUGGUGAUACAUGACAGUGCUAGAACCUUCCAUGGUGCUUUAAAUAGAAGCUGUCUCAGAACUGGGCAGCAUCUAAGACGGAUCUUAAUAAUAAAAUCCUUUAUUUCCUAGUAACAAAAUAUUACCAGUUUGGACAUUUAACCUUUACAUAACGAUUGUUGAUAAAAAAUAUCUUUAAAGAGAGGACUUAUAAUCUUUGGAUAUUUUGAAUUCUGUGUGAGAAAUUUUGAAAAAAAUUCUGAUAAAAAUUUGACCAGCACUAUUCUUGUAUAUUAUAAUUGGAUUUUACAGCUAGUUAACAUUUUCAAUGUAUCUUAUUUGUUGCUUUUCAAAAUAAAUUUUGUCUUUGUAAUACGUUGCCGGUUAUUGUUGUUGUUGUUGUUGUUUAAGCAAUUGUUACUCGUAGACGUAACAAUGUCUUCUUAAUUCAAAGAAGUUACAUCAACAUUAUUAGCAGAGUAGUCAUAUUUGUUGUUUCUUUAUGCUUUCACUGUGUCCUAGGUACAUUGAAAGAAUUUAAAUAUAUAUUCAACACAUUUAUUUGUGUACUAUGGCGGAAAAACGUAUCUGCGUCGGUGACGUCACAAAAGUACACCGUCGGUAAAAUGACUCAAUGAAGACAACCAGCGUCACGAGGACUAGGGUUUUGACGGUGGCGUACGUAUAAUAUCAAUUGCCUUUAAGUUUAAAAAUAUAUCUAUUUUGUUGAUACCAAAAGAAAAUAUUUAUUUUAAGUAUAAAAAAAUGACGAACUAAACUGUCAAAUAUAACAUCACUGUCCAAAAAGUUCUCUUAUGUAGUAACACUAAAAUUCCACCCCGGUGCUGUAGUGGGUUAAUUAAAAGGACAGUCCCUUGACCAACACUGUUGUAUUCAGCCCAGGCUGAAUCUUUAGGGGCGUUUUCUCACUUUGCAAAGCCUGGAUUCUUCAAGGUUCUGGUGCUUAAGUGAUCCGGCAUUGAAAAAUGCGCAAGACCCCAUGCAUCACUGUUGAUUAAGAUACUGUUGUAAUGUUACUCUUAUUGUAUACGUCCACCUAGUUCUGUAGUCAUAUCAGCAAAAAAUGAAAACAAAUGAAACAAAUAAGACUAAAAACUUAAGUUUAUGUUAAAAACAAAGUAACUGUCCAUUCAGAACUUAUGCAUAACUUCAUUGUUAGAAAAAGCACUAUUUUCAAUAUUGCACAUCAUUUCAUACAGUUAGAGCCGUAAAGAGAGUUAAUAAUAAACAAUCAAUGAUAUCGUCUGCUAUUUUAUAUCAAUAUUGAAACUAUUUGCAAAUUUAUGAGAACUUGAACAAUUAGAUAAAAUAGAAUAAAAGGGAUAAAAAA